UCCUCCAUUGGUCCAUCUGACUGUCCAUCAGUGGGCCUAGCCUUGGGUUUGUGGUUCCAGCCUUCAUCCCUCCAGUGGGAGCUCAGGCCAUGUUCAGCUGGCUGAAGCGCGGAGGCGGCGGGGCAGCCCGGGGCCAGCGGGCCGAAGCCAUCCGCACAGUGACCACCGCUCUCAAGGAUCUGUAUCGAGCCAAGCUGUUGCCCCUGGAAGAACAUUACCGCUUCGGGUCCUUCCACUCUCCGGCUCUGGAAGAUGCAGAUUUCGAAGGCAAGCCCAUGGUGCUCGUGGCGGGCCAGUAUAGCACAGGCAAGACGAGCUUCAUCCAGUACCUGCUGGAGCAGGAGGUUCCUGGCUCUCGAGUCGGGCCGGAGCCCACGACCGACUGCUUUGUGGCUGUCAUGCAUGGCGAGACCGAGGGCACCAUGCCUGGCAACGCCCUCGUCGUCGACCCGGACAAGCCCUUCCGCAAACUCAACCCCUUUGGGAAUACUUUCCUCAACAGGUUCAUGUGUGCUCAUCUCCCCAACCAAGUCCUAGAGAGCAUCAGCAUUAUUGACACGCCGGGCAUCCUUUCUGGGGCAAAGCAGAGAGUAAGCCGAGGCUACGACUUCCCGGCCGUCCUGCGCUGGUUUGCCGAGCGGGUGGAUCUCAUUAUCCUCCUCUUCGACGCCCACAAGCUGGAGAUCUCAGAUGAGUUCUCGGAGGCCAUCGGGGCGCUGCGGGGCCACGAGGACAAGAUCCGGGUGGUCCUCAACAAGGCCGACCUGGUGGAGACCCAGCAGCUGAUGCGCGUGUACGGCGCGCUCAUGUGGGCCCUGGGCCGCGUGGUGGGGGCCCCCGAGGUCCUCCGGGUCUACAUCGGCAGCUUCUGGGCCCAACCCCUGCUCGUCCCUGACAACCGGCGCCUUUUUGAGCUGGAGGAGCAGGACCUUUUCAGAGACAUCCAGGCCCUGCCUCGCCACGCGGCGCUGCGCAGGCUCAAUGACCUCGUCAAGCGGGCCCGCCUGGUCAGG